AUGAUACGAAGAAUAGAUGAAAUAUCAAAUGUUAUCGGAGAAUUAAGCAAGGAACAAAUGUUACGAAUGCGAAAAGUCAACGGUAAUGAGGAUGUGGGGAAUAAAAAUAUGAGAGUAUUAAUGAAUGUUGGAAUUCGAAAAUGCGUAGAAUUCCAUUCGAGCAUCAGAAACCGUAACCGGAACGUUGAGCGCAAGGAAGCGUUAUGUACUCAUGAAGCAUUUGAAACAUAUACAAAGAAAGCUAGCGUUAUUGAAUUAUUUUCAAAAUUUCACGUAACACUGAAAGAAACUUGGCUGAAUGAAGUUCUGAAAUAUCUUCAGGUGGAAAGAACUGACGCGGAUAUUCCCACAGUAAUUGAACUCGUAUAUGAACAAUGGCUUUUUUCGGAACUAUCGAAUAGUACACGCCCAAAAAUACGUCUGCCACCAUUCGAGAAGAAAGCAUUUCUGGACUAUGAUGUUGUUGUUCAGAUAAACUGGCUGGUUGAUAUAUAUACCUCGAUGUAUUCGAAGUUAAACCAAAAUUUUGGGAGCAAUGUAGAUCACAGUUCUUUUCACUGCGAGCCAAAUGAGGGAACUAAGGAUUUGAAUCCAGCAAAUCGAAUGUAUUUAAUGGAAGUAACGGAUGGUCAAAGAAAAUUGCGCGCUAUAGAAUACCAGAAAAUUGAUGAGUUAUGCGGGAAUUUGUCAUGUGGAACAAAGCUUCUAAUCUAUGGCGGUACGAUUUGUCGUCGCAACGUGCUGUUGCUAGCACCAAGUAAUGUGAUGAUAUUAGGUGGUGAAAGCGAAACAUGUCAGCAAAAUGUGCCGACUCUUAUUGCCGCACGACGAUUAGGAAUUGAUGAAAAGAAGUUGAAAAUGAUAGAAUGUGGGAAAAGCGAAGAAUUUGGGAACUCAACGGAGACUGUGAAGAAAACAGUAACACAGGGAGCGGAAAAGGUCCAAAUCAUGAUGUCAUCGGUAGCCAUGAGCGAGAAUGUUGCAGCUAACUUAGAUGUACAACAAAGUAAAAACAAACAUACCAAUAAAACAGCAAAAGGAGAGAACGCUAGAAGAAAAAAACAGAAGAAACCUGUUUUGUCACGUACCAUAACAUCCUAUUUUCAACCCCAACAUAAGGUUCCUACUUCUGUAUUGAAUUCAAAAGUCUCAACGAAAUCUGAAAUACCGCUGGUUGAUAAACGGAUCAAAGAAAAAUCUGAACCAGAAUAUUUAUUGGUGGAUCCAGUUCAAAAACAAGAAGGAGAAAUGAAAUCUCCACCAGUAUUAUUUUCUAUUGCCGAUUCGAAACAGCAAUCGCAGCAUCCAAUCGCAACUACUGUUUUUCGGCAAGAAUCAAACGAACCAUCAGCAAAACAAUCAGGUCCAUCUGCAGUACCAUCACUAGUGCUCCGCACACAGAAAAUAAUGAAAGACUCGAAAAUGCAAUCCGAAUUACAGAAAAUAACGGAAAAAUCAGUAACCACGCUGCAGCAUCAAUCGGCGAAUGUUCAGAACUUCUGCGAUUUUUCACCUUUCAGAAUGCAAACAGAAAAGGCCUCACUUUCAGCGAGUUUAUGGACAAAAAAUCUUGUAAUAGCUCAACCGCAAAUAGUUAAAGGCAUUACUUCCACUCCUCCUAUCCGAAAAACUAAUGCUGUACACAAUAUUGUUAUACUUAGUGGAGAAAGUGAACGGAAAGAAACAACAGCAAAACCCCUGAUUCCUACUCAGUCUAUAAGCUUGCAACAAAAUUCCGCAGACGUAAUUCCGAAUCCAGCUAUUAUUUCCUCAUCAAAUAUUCAGGAACAGACCAUUUGGAAUGCUAAUAAGUGAAAUGAACCAUUAAAAAAACUCACUUUACUAUUUACAGCAUUUGUUAUGAAAAUAUUUGUUAACAGGCAGCAUACAACCAACGAGGACAAUAAACAAUUUUUGGCAAACGAAUUUCGUGUGCCUCCUUCAAAAGUCGACAUGCAAAUAACGGAUGAUGACAAUGCUGUAUCGGAAGAUUCGCUUUUAACACUUAGGCCGACAAGUCCGACACAAAAUUCUUCAAUAAAACAAUCGCCAUCCAAUUUACAUCAAGAAGAACAAACUGCCAGGGGCAAGCCCAUGUUAGCUAGCUCAGUUUUGAAACGAAUGAACAAAAAAAAGCUUUUAGUCAACAAAACAAAAAAGCAAAAAACAUCAAAUGUUUCUUUUCAACCAGAUGUGAUACUGUGUCGUCCAGAUACACCACUUUCCAUGUUAGAACAAAGUAUUUGCACGCCGCCAUUUUCCAAUACUCAGCAUAAUCCAGUUCAGUUUCACGUUCCUCAAAACUCGUUCAUGAAUUCAGAACUCCAAAAAAUUACGGGACAAUCCAUGUGUCAUAAUACUUCUCUUACAAAUCGUGCCACAACAUUAGUUUUACCUGAUGCAACGCUCCAAAUAGUUCCACACGUAAAUAUCGUGAAACGCUAUCGUGCCUUGAACAUUGUAUCCAUAAGAGAAGCUUGUCAUCAACGAAGAUAUUGUCUGGUUGCACAUCGUAAACGAGUGCAGCCUAUUUUUUGCAAAUUGCAUGCUGGUUUGCAAUUUAUUGGACAAAGCUGGACAGCAGCGCUACGUAUCGCUGACGAAACUUGCGAUGCACUUGACUGUUUAGUGGAUAACGGUGCAAUAAGUAAUUUGAUAGGUUUCACGCCGCAGGAGGCGCAGUUCGUCCUAGAAAUUAUGAAUACCGGAAACGAUGAAGGUUGUCAAGUGCAAAGCUGGGAAUUAUUGAUGGUUUCAAUAGCAAACAAGAUUGAGCUAGGCUGUUUAAAUUGUGUAGAAGUAUUCAAGUAUUCGCAAGCGGCAACAACUAAUGAUCGUGUUCGCGUAGCGUAUUAUAAAGGGCGUGCUCAAGCGAUGCUUGAAACAUUCAAACGGUUAGACCUGGUGCUAACAGUCGAAUUUUCAUCAUCCUCAGAUGUUCUGCCACUCAUCGUCGAUAUUACCAAUCUUUCAACAGCACUUAGUUUAUGCUAA